UGUUAAGGAUCAAAUUGGGAUGAAUGUAGUUGUGUUUUGGCGGAAGUCCUACAUGAAAUUGCUUAGGUCUCUGCAUUGUAGAGAACGGUACAUCAGCGCAUGAAACGUCGUGCUUCCAACAAUCAGACGUAAAUGCGUUCAGAUUUCUCCCUAGUUGUUCACGAGUACGACUCCCUGUGGGUUGAAAGUGGCGAAUCAAAUAUGUUAUCUUCGUCUUGUAUCUCACCUCAAACCUUUCGAGUUCUUUACUGCCGAAAAAUCCGGCGAACAUCUUUGAACGCGGUCAUACAGACACACAUCAGCCAAUGACGUGCGUUAUGUUUCUUACGGAAGGGUACACCAUCGUCUUCUGACAGCGUCUACGAAUCAUGUCAUACACGUCUGAGAUGUCUGUUUUCGAGAGGUCGGGAGGGAGCCCCUGAAUGAGGGGGAAAAGGCUAUGGUAAAUAUCUUGACUAGUUCGCCAACAGAAUAACGCUGCUUUUCAGGUUCGCAUUCCAUUCGGGGGCUCCACCACGAAAUGACGCUCUCUACGAGUGUUAGUUUGGAGACGCAUGCGACGCUGUAUGGGGGCGUCGCUAGCGCGGACGUUGAAUCACUCGCGGAACGAAAGGAUAUUAAAGCCUGUGAGAAGCCAGACACGCCUGAAGGCGAUACCACGGCGAUUCCCAACGGAAUUUGCUCUAGCUUUUCUGUCCCAACGGUUUGCUCUUUUCCAUCGUCGUUGCUAGAAACUCGGAAUCCAUGCAUAUCGGGUGUCCUGCUCCCUGGAGACCAGUACCCUUUAUAUGCUACAUAUUACCAGUGGUAUUAUCGUGCGAUGCAAGAUCAGAAAAGGCUGCUCGCCAAAGAAGAAACUAAAACAGUGGCAGAGGAACGUCAUCCGGAUUCGAAACAGGAUUUGGUGACGAAGUGGAUGAGGCGACCGGCACGCCAACAGAUUGAUCGUAAUGAAGCUAGCCGCUACUCGCACACAGAAGGAGGCACAGAAUACAAUAUUUGGUAUGGAAAAUACUUAACUGACAGGUAUAAUAGACCUAGUUACUUGGACCGUGAAACAGCACCAUACAAGUGUAACCCGAAGAGGGACGCUGGUUACACGAGGGCCAACGUGGAUGCGGCGGGAGAACAUUUCUUCUGCAUUUUUUUUGCCAAAGGUGGCUGCUACCUGGGAAAGGAUUGUCGAUUCCGUCAUAGUAUUCCAACGGCGGAUGAUGAAGGUCAUUUGGAAUGGGGCCACGAUGUCUUUGGCCGAGAGAGGUUUAGUACUCACAAAGAUGAUAUGGAUGGCGUCGGAAGCUUUAAUCAAGACUGCAAAACACUCUUCGUUAGUGGGUUCCGGAUCGACCCCGAAGUACCUGAUGGCCUUAAAAAGAUGGAGGUUUUUCUCUCGAAGGAAUUUGGCAUAUGGGGAGAUGUGACAUGCAUCCGCGUUAUUCCCAAGAAGAACAUUGCGUUUAUCACCUAUGCCUACAGAGUGCAAGCCGAGUUCGCGAAAGUGGCGAUGAGUGACCAGAACCUCGGUAAGCAGGCUCCGCUCCUAUUGGUGAAGUGGGCUCACCACGAUGGAAAUCCGAACAAACGGAGAUCUGCCGAGCAAGAACAGGAAGAGGAACGUAAAAAACAAAAACAUUCAGGUGAACUCGAUCCCGGCGCACCUACUGCAGCUGCUGAGUGCCCAGUUUCCCUUAGCGUUUUCUCAGAAACUCGGGCGUGUUGGAAUACCGCGGCAGCCGCUGAGGCACUCUCUGCCACUCUUGAAGGUCACUGCAAGGCAUGGCAGGAGUUUUGGUCAGCGUACACACAGGAUCAGCGGAUCAAAAAAGCAGAACACUGUCAGCAUGCCUCAAGUCAAGACGAUAGGCUUGACGACUGGGCAUUUUCGUACGAAAGUUCAGCCGAGAAUCAGGUUGAUGCAGGUCCCCGCCCUCUUGCAGAAACGGGCUCAAACCUGGAAGCAGAGUCAUCUUUAUCUGUCACCGACAACCUCCACAUUGACACGGAAGAUACGAAAGAAGCACUUGGCAGAAUGCAACAGAUUCUCAGCCGAGUAGAUGGCCUCGAUGACAGCGCGUUCGAGGUCAGAGUGCGAUCGUCGCCUCCCGUUAUUCCAGCGGCAGCUCACGGACAGCUGUAAGAGUAUCCAUGUCGUUCAAUCUUUCACAUCGAUUUUCUCUUUAAUACCUUUGUCUAAUAUGUUUCGUCAUACGACCGAAAUUGCAUUUCUGAAAACCUGCUGUGACUUGACAUGCUCUGCUUUGGCAAGUACGUGUAUAGCCUUUGGUACGUUAUUUACCGUUCGUAUCUUCAACUGGCUGCAAACGAAGAAGCGGCUUGAAGCACUUACGGGGAGAUCCGAAACAGGAUACCUUUAAGACGGUGUCUCCUCCGUGCUCUCCUGUUUAGAGUACCGUGCUGCAAAUUGUAACAUCGAAAGAGAGCUCGGCAGAAUCAACCGCAGGAAUCUACUGCGUCCAUUUCCCGUCAAAAAUUG